AUGGCAGCAGACAGCAACAUGGCUCCUGAAGAAAAGACGAGCACUACUCCUGUGAAAAGGGCUGUCCACAAGAUCCGAAUGGCCAGCCUAGUCUUCAGCUUGGCACGAGGCUGGCAGCAGUGGGUAUCUGACCACCAUGUGAAGCAAGCCCAAGAACCCUCUGGAUGGAUGCCCUCUGAAGAAGACUCAUCAACUCAGCCUGUACAAGAAAGACCCUUUGAAAAAAGGCCAAUUCCACUUGUCAAGAUGGACCAAGGAAAAGAUGACGAUAAAUCCUCAGCAAAAGAAUCAGUGACAAUAAGAGAUGCUGAAAAAAAUGCAAGGGAAUCAGAUGAAGCCCUCAAAAAGUUCAACAUUAAAAGCAAAGAGGUGACCAAAACAAUUGUAAGCAAAGCUUAUGAACGAGGAGGUGAUGUUAGCCUCCUCAGUGGAAGGUAUGAGAAUAACAACAGUAGCUCAGAGAUGACCAAGCUCAAAGAAGAAUCAAGUGCUAUUGACAAAAUUCUUAGUGGUAAAUUAUCUCCAACUGUAACAAGAAAGUGUUCAAACAUGGUAUCAGAGCUGACCAAGGGCUGGAAACAGAUGGAACAAGAGGACAAAGAGGGGGCUAAGGAAGAACUGCUGCUUAAGUGUCAUGAUAACAGCCUGGAUACAGAGGACAGUGGCUAUGGGGAAGCAGAGGACAAACUCGAGCAAGAAGACAGUGACCGAGAGGUGACAGCUGUGAAGAUUAAACGACCUGUGUCAUCUUUUGCAAACAGGUUUAGUGAAGAAGCACGUAUCAAAGCCCACAGGAAAUACAGCCCCGUUAGCAGCCUGAAGGACAGGUGGCAAGAAUGGGCCGACCAGCACAUUGAAAUGCAGAAGUUGAAUCCCUUCAGUGAGGAAUUUGACCACGACCUGGCCAUGUCCACACGCCUACGCAAAGGAGAUGAAGGCUACGGCCGCCCAAAGGAAGGAACAAAAACUGCUGAGAGGGCCAAGAGAGCUGAGGCCCAUAUCCACCGGGAGAUCAGGGACAUGUGCUUCAUCAUUGAAUCAAUGGCUAAGCCACGGCCCGACGGCAAGAUCCAAGUCACUUUUGGGGAACUCUUUGAGAGAUACGUUCGUAUUUCAGAUAAGGUUGUUGGGAUUCUCAUGAGAGCCAGGAAACACGGGCUGGUGGACUUUGAGGGAGAAAUGUUAUGGCAAGGAAGGGAUGAUAACGUCAUAAUUACUUUAUUAAAAUAAGUAUGUGACAACCAAAACAACUUGCUUUGGAAAACCUUUCUCUACUUCUUCCUUGAUAUUAACAUUUGCACAUUUUGAAUACAAAAUUCCCCCCCCGUUCACCCACAUAAGACAAGACAUUGAACAUUUUUCUAAAUAGGUAUAAUUACUGCAUGCUAACACAAGCAUCUGAAUGGAUUUUUCUCUGUACCAGGAGGGCUUGCAGGACAUUUCAGUUAAUUACUACA